CUGUCUCGGCUCGUUCCGCCUUCUCGAGAAAGAGGAGCGGAAAUGAGGUCGAGGAAGGCGGCGGCGGGCGGUCGGAGAGCCGCCGCGUCGCCUAGCGGAGAUAUCACCGUCGAUUCUCCCGGAGUCGAACGCGUCCGCCGCUCUGCCUCUCGCCGGAGGCCCUCCAGUGCAUCCGCAUCUUUCCUACACGACGGGCCCCCCGGUCUCCUCGGGGAGGAUGAGGGACAGGACGAGACGCGGGGGAUCUUCGAUGGCGGCGCUGCUGGGCCGUUCUCUGGGAACCCUAGGAGCUUUCCUUACGGUGUCAAGCUGCAGUGCUGGGACAAGGCCGAGAAGGUGAAGGGGCGGGAUCCCGACCGGUGGCGCCGCGACGCCCUCGGAAACAUCGUCUUCCGUAAGCUCGUCGGAUGCCCCGGAUGCCUUUGCCACGACUACGAUCACAUAGUCCCGUACUCAAAGGGUGGAAAAAGCACACUGGAAAACUGCCAAGUUUUGCAGGCAACUGUUAAUAGAUCCAAGGGGAACAAGAUGGAGGUCUCCAAAUCUGAACUCAUACAGAAGAGUGCUUAUUGCAGGGUUUCAGGACGAGACAUGGAUCUUCUAGAACUCUCUGCCUAUGGUAAUGUCCGUCGUGGACCAGAUUCAGGGGGAUGCAACAUCCAGUAACUAGCAUAGCAUCAUCUAGAUCCCAAUAGACAUGCCCAAUGGAAGUUUUGUGAUAAUUGAAAUUAGCAGUCCUACCGCUCCUUAUGUUGGAUAUUCUUGGACUAAUCAUUUAGUGAUAUCAGUGCCUGCUACUUCCAGGCCAAUUUAUCCUGUAUUUAUGAUAUGGUAGUCUUGGAUCUACUGAGAACUAAUGGUUUUCUUUCUAUUCCUUUA